GAGGAGAACACGUUAGCUAUUGAUAAUAAGAAAUUGAAGGAUGAAUUAAACACAGUCAGGGGAUCCAUGAUCAAGGAAUUGAAGUCGUUUAAACAUAAAUUGAAUUCGGUCGACUUGUUGAGUAAAACUGCAAACGAAAUUUUCAUUAUCUUUCUACAGACUCUCAUGGCUAAGGAAGAGGAGCUCAUUAAAACUAUGAGAGACUCAUUCGAACAAGACAAACAAAACCUGGAAGACGAGAAAAGGCAGAGUGCUGAUGCGGAGAAACGCGCGAUGUUGUGGGCUAAUGAAUUAGAAAGGGAAACUGAAAAAUUACAGAUUGACUUGACAAAACGCGAAUCUGCCCACAUACUACAACAGAACAGAAUCUACGAGCUGGAACAUCUUUUAAAGGAGAACAAUUCCGAGAAAGAAACGCUUAAAGAAAAGAUGGAGACAUUGAAAACUGAUUUAAACAACUUGCAAAAUGAAUUCGAUAGGCAAUGCAAACUGGUUUGUCGACGGGAGGAAGCAAUUGUAAUUGCUCAGAAGAAAGAAAAGGUAAUACAAGAAGAGUGUAGAAAGAGAGAAACUGAAUUUCAAAAGAAAGUAAACUCCCAGAAAGAGACUUAUGAGAAGAGAAUAGAGGAUCUUGUGUACGCCAUAGAAACUUACAAGACAAAAAAUCAGGAGCUGAAAAGUAAUAUCGAAGGACUCGAAGCUAACGAAAAGCAGUUGAAGAAUAUUAUUGAGGCGAACGCGUUGGAACUGAAGGCGAGCAAUCAGACCAUAAAUAAAUUGAACCUUAAGAUGGAACAGCUCGUAGAAGUCCACAAAAACGUGAAUUGUGAGGUACAGCAAAAGACGUCUCGAAUCGACGAGAUUUCAGCGCUUCUAAAAAAGAAAUGCGACGUUGCAUCCGAAUACAAGACUAAGCUUGAUACCAUUUUACCGGAUUAUGAAAUAUUAAAGGAACAGGAGACGGAGCGUAAAGCAUGCAUAGAGCGAUAUAAAGAACAAAUGGAAGUACUAAAAAUGGAAAAGGACGAGCAGAUUGAGAUAAUUAAAGAUAAACUAAAUUACGAGGAAAUAAAAAACAUUGGAUUAAACAAGCAACUACACGAAUUGAACAACAAAAACAUAGCUCUAGUGGAGAAGAUGGAUAUCCUCAAAAAAAAAAUUGCGGGUUUACAAAGUGUAAAUUCGAAGCUAGAGAAAAAGAUCCGGAACAGCACUAGUAAGAUCAAAGCGGAAGCAGAGAUGGAAGAUCUAAGGGAUUUAAAUAAAAGAUUGCAAAACAAUUUGGAGGGAG